AUGAGAGUCUUUGGUGUGCCAUUACUGUGCUCGGCUUUGUUCUCCUAUUUUAGCACUGUAAAGUCUUCCCUCAUCCCAUUUCCAUCUGUUGUCAUUCCACUAAACGGUCUCUUCGAUAACCAAGCUGCUUCGCUAGAUGGCACCACUGGCAACUUCGACGGGAAUGGCGCUACGUAUCCAGCAGAGUACCUACCCGAGGGCCCGUGGUUGUAUAAUGGAAUCUCGUAUGAUCUGCCAUCAACUUGGGGACAAACCAAAGACAAUGUCAUUGCUGCAGGCCAAGUUGUGAAACUCUCGAACGCAACUUAUGUUCAUGAGUUGCACAUCAUAUAUGCAGGGGAUAGUUCGCCUGGUGGCGGAAUAAGCGGAACAUUCAGCCUCAACUAUGCGGAUAAUUCAGUCAAGUCCUUGCCAUUCAUCGGGAAAGACUGGUUCACAUGGUCUAAUGUCAACGCAGGAGAUAUUCAAACACCAUACCAUUUCGAAGGAUAUUCACCUAAUAAGAAUUUUAAUUCUAGCCGAAUCUUUCAAUUAUCGCUGUCGGUACCCUCUCGUGCGCCGCUUGAAAGCAUCACGCUCCCAAAAAUAUCUUCUACCUCGAACAGACUCCAUAUAUUUGCACUCUCUAUAACACCUUCUUUUGAACCUGCCAGUGGUCCUCUGGUGCCCCAGCUCUCUAUUCGCAGUGCCCAGUUCAGCACGAGGUGGGAGGACAUCAACGGGCAGCGAGCUCAAGCCGUCGCUAUCACCCUCGCGAAUCUACUCCCAGCAAGUUACGCGACGUCCUCGAACGCAUCUUUAAACUCGCGGUACGAGAUUACAGUAACAGGCGAGGGGGUCUCCACAAUCACACCUGGCCUCGUGUAUCGCCUGGUCCCUGCAGACCAGGCUCGCCUGGACGUUUUCGUUCUCAAUAACAACGGGAGGGGAAAUGCGACAGUCACUAUCAAAGAUGAAUUUGGGAAUGUUGUUGGGACUUCCGUAGGCUGGCCCAUCAUCCCGCUGCGGACAGAAUGGACAGCGGACACUGAUGUGCUGGCUACACAUGAGACGCCCACUUGGUGGAACCAGGCGAAGUAUGGAAUCUUCAUUCACUGGGGCAUCUACAGUGUUCCUGCUUGGGGCCCGCCUAGUUCAUAUGCCGAGUGGUAUGACUGGAGUCUCCAUAAUCCUUCGAACGCUAAUUCGCCGACGUGGGUACAUCACUUAGACACUUAUGGGAAGGACGUCGUAUAUGAUGACUUUAUUGCUAACUUCACGGCGUCUAAUUGGAAUCCCAGUGCUUGGUUAGAUCUGUUCUCCGAAGCUGGGGCAAAGUACUUUGUCAUCGUUACUAAACAUCACGACGGUUAUGCACUGUUUGAUACAAAAAAUACCACACAUAGAAGUAGUGUAUACCUUAACCCACAUCGUGACUUUGUCAAAGAGCUCAUGGACACCGCCAAAUCCGAUUAUCCUGACCUUCAUCGUGGAACAUACUACUCACUUCCCGAAUGGUUCAAUCCAUACUUCUCCAAGUAUGGGUUUAGUGCAUGGCCAGGAGGCUUGGCGCACAACGCAUUCAAUACGUCUGAACUGGAGCCUUAUACUGGAAUAUUGAAUAUAAGCGACUACAUCGAGGAUUUUCAAUACCCCCAGAUGCUGUCUUUAGCGUUGGACUAUGACACGGAGAUCAUGUGGUGCGACAUUGGAGGUCCCAAUAAGACAUUGGAAUUUGCUGCACAGUUCUAUAACCAUGCGAUGCAGAAUGGCUAUCAGGUUACCAUGAAUGAUCGUUGUGGUGCGGUCCCGGAUUUUGACACACCGGAAUACGCGACGUUCGGUACCCUGUACCCUCGCCACUGGGAGACAAGCGAAGGGAUGGACCCGUUUAGUUACGGCUUGAAUUCUGCCACCAAUGCGAGCGAGUACAAGAACGGAACGACCAUUAUCCAGACACUGGUCGAUAUUGUGAGCAAGAAUGGAAACUAUUUACUCGAUGUCGGACCCACCGCAGAGGGUGACAUCAUUGCGCCGAUGGCAGACAACCUCCGCGCUGCCGGCAAAUGGCUGAAGUAUGCAGGUGACUGUGUCUAUGCAACGGAUUACUGGUACCAAGCGUCCCAAGAUCCGACGGGAUCAUUUAGGUUCCUCACCACACCAAAAACAUUUUGCAUCAUCGCAUUCAACAAACCGAGCAAUGGGAAAGUCACAGUGGAUGCGGGUGGCGUGGUGCUACCAAUUCAAAAGGGAGACAAUGUUGUGCUGCUGGGUCCAUCAAAGAAUUCGCAGAGCCUUGAGUGGAACAUGGAUGGAUCGGGUAUCUUGACUGUCGUGGUGCCUCAGGAUCAAGUCGACCAAGUAGAUUAUGCCUGGGCAUUCCAGGUGACAUAUUCCGGGUGA